GGGUCACCUUUUGUGCAAAUAUAUCAGCCAAGUAGACUGCCACUCGCGUCAGGUUUCUGAGAGAGAGAGAGAGAGAGAGAGAGAGAGAGAGAGGCGUUCAUUUCGCAGAGAGAGAGAGAUACGGAGAGGGAAAUCAGCGUUGGAGCAUUGAAAGAAGAGGAAGACUUACUACUGGGCCACAUUUCAAGAUUUUGCUCUUGAAAAUAAAAACAAAGUUACCACUUUUUCUUUGAAAAAAAGUUGAAGACGCGGUCAUGACCGGCAUAACGUUGGAACGCACGUCGCUCCUGUGCACCUUGCUCCUCUGGAUAUUUCAAGUUUGCAGUGGGGCUAUAACUGUGAAGGUGACUCCUAAGGUGGAGGUGAACAAAGGCGAAACAGCCAAACUGCCCUGUACCUACACUGGCAUAAAUUUACAAGAUGUUGUUGUUGAAUGGUACAUUGAGAGUCAGGGACUAAGAACACGAGUGGGUUUUCGUGAAAAUUCUGGAAAGCAAAUGAGCGACCCUGGCACUCCUCUUACCGGUCGAGUCAAUAUUGAAGAGAACCUCACCUUGAACAUAAUGUCUGUGAAACCCUCUGAUGAGCUUACCUACUACUGCCAGGUCACUGCUGGCAAGGAUGGAUCUGGAGAGGGUAGCACUAAGCUUGAAGUCUUUGUUGCUCCCCAGAAGCCAGAAAUCAAGAAACCAUCUUCUCAGGCCAUCUCAGUGGGAAACUCCGAGAGCUCAGAGAUCGGCACCUGCACGACAAUGAAUGGAUUUCCUGCUCCAAGGAUCAUCUGGUUCAAAGACAAUCAGCCCCUUCCUGAGGUCAAAGACAAAGGCGAGAAGACCUACAUGGUUCCCUCUACGGUCAGGGAGGCUUCGGGCCUGUACACCAUAAAGAGUGUCCUGUACAUGCAGCCCACGAAGGCAGACAAGGACUCUCUGUUUCAUUGUACUGUAGAGUACAGCUUGGCUGGAGAGCAGAACAAGAACAUCCAGAUGACAUCUGAACCCAUGAAAAUUGAACUUUACUAUCCUUCUGAAAAAGUGAUGUUUGAUCUUUUAAACGCUACUAAGGUCAAAGAGGGUGAUGAUGUCACCAUAAAAUGUGAGACCGAUGGAAACCCACAGCCUUCGUUUGAGUUUCUUAAAGAUGACAAACCCCUCAAUGGUAAGGACGGUCUUCUGACACUGAAAUCAGUCAAGCGUACAGAUUCUGGUAGAUAUUUCUGCACAGCCUUCGACUUCGACCACUUGGAUAUAGAGCUGAAAGCUGAAAAGGUCCUUGAUGUCAACUACAUUGACCAAAUGAGCGUGACCCCGAUUGGGCUUCAAGUUGUCAUGCUAGGAAACAAAGUGGAGUGGCAGUGUAAGACCAAGGCGUCUAAAUCCCACACUGUACAAUGGAAAAAGGGCUCCACUGUGCUUUCUCAAGAUGGCACUCUAUCAAUUGAAAGUGUUACCUAUGAUAACGCUGGAGGGUAUUUGUGUGUUGGAGCUGUUCCAGACGUCCCAGGACUAACAGCCCAGGCCAGUGUAAACCUGACUGUGAAAGGAAAGCCACAGAUUGAGCAUCCUGAAGAUGGGAAGGUGACAAAAGAGGGAGACGAAGUGACUCUGAAGUGUUCGGCCUAUGGUUUCCCCACCCCUCAGUUUACUUGGACGCCCUCAGGAAAAGAGUCCAUCUCAGUGGAAGAUAACAAGGUGGUAAGCACUGUGACUCUCCAAGCCACGCCUGACAUCAUGAAGGAUGGUGUGACCUGCGAGGUCUCCAACGAGCAUGGAAAAGAUAGCAAGACCCUCCUUGUAUCUGUCAAACGAGCAAACACAGCUGAAGUGCUGCUCUCUGGAAACCCUGUGCUUACGUCAGCCGACAAGCAGCAGGCAGGCUCCAGCACUGUGGUGGUGGCUGUGGUGGUCUGCGUUCUACUUCUUCUGCUGCUGGUUGCACUCAUCUACUUUGUGAGCAAGAAGACCACGUUUUGCAGCAAGAAGGACAAGAAGGAAGCGUCCACUGGACAGGUGAACAACAUUGUGGUGGAGAUGAAGACAGAAAAGGCCAAUGAAGAGGCUGGUCUUCUCAACAAAAAAGUGAACACAGAACAGUAAUCAAACCGGAUGACUGAAAUAACUCUGAGGGACGAAGGAAAAAGGAUGACAGUUCUGAGGACAACAGAACUUUUUUGGUUUCUGAUUCGUGGUUGUGAUGGGGACAACAAUCGGUGAUGCUGGGAGAUGGGUGCGUGUUCAUAGCUUCAAGGAUCCCAAUGAUUAACUUUAGCUAUGCUUGUUUUCCAACCUGGACUAGAACUGCUGGGUGGAGAUUCUUUCCUUUUUUGCUAAAUAAAAUUGUUGAAGAACUCCAUCCAAGUCACAGCUUCAAAAAGGCACAUACAAAAACACAAUGCUUCACUGGAUAACAUGAUUCCUCUUUUUAAUCACAAUGUUUCAUUACCCACUGUGUUUUGUUCUGUUUUGUGUCUUCAUUCAAUGAUUACACUGUUAAGCUUCUCUACUUUGGAGUGUGCGCUUAAAUUAUUUUCUGUCUGCUGGGGAUAUUGGAUAAAAGUAUAACCUACUAUCUUGUUCACCUCAAUAGAAAAGUUCCACUCACAUAAUGUAAUCCUUCAAGCGCACCAUUUGUCUGUUAAAUCUUUGCUUAAGAGUCUGUGUAUUUGCUUUACUGUUGUUUUACAGUGUUGUUGCCACCUGGUUAUGUUUUGUAUUUGUGUUUGAUAUUCAUGCAUAGCUUUUAAGAGAAACAGGCCAGGUAUUUAAUAACUCUCUUUAGAAUCAAUUAAUGCGUUAAAUUCAAUUCAGCUGACACCAAACAAGUUAGCAUUUAGGUUGUACAAAUUAGUUUUUCUUUACCAUUUCUAUCACAUCUAUGUAUAUUAAGUCAGUUUUCUGUUUUGUUUUGGGCUUUGUUUUGUUUUCUUUUGUUUUUUUGCUUUGCUAUUAUCCCUCCCUGUAAGUUCAAAGCAUUUUUCUAGUCAGAGAACUUGGUGAAAUUGGUUACUAACCUUAUGUUUCAUUUUUCUCGAAAUCUGGGACAGGCGUCACUCCAAAGUUGAGUGAGUUCUAGUUGCAAGUCAGAAAAACUGUGGAAUUAGCUUGGAAAUGUUGUGCUCAGUGACUAGGCUAACUACAUUUAACGGUAGGUACAAGCUGAUAAAAAUUUGUUUUUUGUCUUCUAUUUAAAGCAUUUAAUCAGAAAGAGGCUCACAAAUCAUACAAAUACAGUAGUUCCACUAGUUCAAUGAAAUAUAAGGUGUCAGAAGUGAAAAACAGCUACUCCCACAGAUUUAGCUAUGUUUUAUUUAUGUGCAGCAACUGUUUUGAAUAUGAGCUCAGGAUUGGCUAUGAACUUCUGGCUUUCCAAGUCAAAUCCAACUUUAAGGAAUGUUCAACAAUAUUUGUGUUAAACUAAAUAUUGUGAUUUCAGAGUACAAAUAGCUGCUGGUCAUGAUUUGUUGGAAUCGGUGUCUUUUUUUAGAUGCCAAAAAAUCAUUCUCAUAUCUUAAUUUUUUCCACACUUUGAACUCCAAAAUUCUGUCAGACAGUGUAAAACUCUAGCUUGUUCUUUUUCUAUUGCAGCAAAAUGGGAUUUUUAGGUGUUGCAGCACUCUAGCCAUGACUUCACCUGUUAAAAGGAAAAUGAGUUUUAUACAAGCAGGGAAGAUAAAAAAUAAGUGAGAGGGAAUGGGGUUGUUUUUAGAAUAUCAUGUUGUCAGUGUUUAGGUACGUAACUCAGACAUCUUUCUUUCACUCUCAGCAGGCCAAAAAAGGUUGGAUAGUUAAAUCUGUAUAUUUUUUACUUUGUUAUACACUGAAACUGAUAACCUUAAUAGUUUUCCUUAAAAAACACUGGAACUGAUAACCUUAAUAGUUUUCCUUAAAAAAUGUCACAUCAAACCACUAUCUGUGGCCAGAAGCAUUUUUAUUUUUCUGAUGUCUGUUGUAAUUGUUCGGCAGACCUGAGACUUUGAUCACUGUCUUUAUUAUUUUUUUUUCUUGCCAUGUUUUAUAUAUUAAUGCUGUGGUAUAUUAUUUGUUUUUUUGGAAAGGGGAUUUUUAAGUUUGGAACUACUGAAUUUUGUUUUUACACUUUUUCACUUGCUGAGAAAUUACUUGUUUGGGACUUUUUUUAAUUAAUAUUCUCAGUGCUUUACUUCUCUCUCUUUUUAUUGUAUACUGUAUAUUUUGUGGUAUAUUGUUUGUGAUCAUUGUGGUGUGUUGAUGUAUCUUGUUUUUUAUUUUUGUUUCAGCUGUUUAGAAUUUAUAAUGAAACAGAAAAGAAAACCCUCAAGAAAACAAAUUACAUCCCAA